CUGUUUCCAUCUUUAGUGUUUUGUUGUGUUUCUUUAUCUCCGAAUUUCUCCCUGCGUUUUAAGAAGAUAAAGGCUUAAUUAAACCCGCAUGUGGGACCCCGCAUGGACCCAACGGAACCCCGCCCACAUAUAGAAACAAAAUGUCAAUUUUCAAAGCACGAGUCAAGGAAUUUGAGGAUGUUUUGUCUCCGCCACAGGAUGUGAUUGACCUUAAAGAACUCAGAAGACUGGCUUUUAGUGGUGUGCCCGAUGUUCAGAGUUUUCGAGCUCUCAGCUGGAAAAUUCUGUUGGGCUAUUUGGGACCCAGGCGCAGCAGUUGGACAUCAACUUUGGCUCAGAAGCGAGCUCUGUAUAAGCAAUUCAUAGAAGAGCUAGUCCUGCCACCUGGACACUCGAUAAACGGAGACGAAGCCGCCGGAGGAGAUGGGGACAAAGUCGAUUCGGGGGGCGUUGGCCUGCAAGAUCAUCCGCUGAGCGAGGGACCCGAAAGUGCGUGGAACACCUUUUUCAACGACAACGAGUUCCUACUGCAGAUCGACAAGGAUGUGCGACGCCUGUGUCCCGACAUAUCCUUCUUCCAGCAGCCCACCGAGUAUCCCUGCGAGAUUGUGGUCCACAGCAAAGGGGAACACGGACGACGGCUUCACGAACGGGUGGUUCCCGCCGUGCUCAGCUCAGCUAAUGUGGAACGCAAGGGCCUGGGCAUGACCAAGCAGCAAAUAAAUCUCAUCACUAAGCGCUCUGUGGAGAACUAUGCGGCCAUGGAGGAGGGUCAGGAGGCCCAUUGGGAGGUUGUGCAACGCAUUUUGUUCAUCUACGCCAAACUGAAUCCCGGCCAGGGAUAUGUCCAGGGCAUGAAUGAGAUCGUGGGACCCAUCUACUACGUAAUGGCCUCCGAUCCGGAUCUCUCGUAUCGCGCUCACGCCGAAGCUGAUUGCUUCUUCUGUUUCACCGCCUUGAUGAGUGAGAUUCGUGACUUUUUCAUCAAAACCCUGGACGAUGCGGAAGGUGGCAUCAAGUUUAUGAUGGCCAGACUAUCGAAUAUGCUAAAAUCCAAGGACCUGAACAUAUACGAGCUGCUGAAGAGCCAGGAACUGCAUCCGCAGUACUACAGCUUCAGGUGGCUCACUCUGCUCCUCUCGCAGGAGUUUCCACUGCCGGAUGUUCUGCGUAUUUGGGAUUCCGUGUUUGCGGACGAGCAGCGCUUCGAUUUUCUCAUUAAAAUAUGCUGUUCAAUGAUAUUAAUCCAAAGGGAAGCCAUUUUGGAGAACGACUUUGCCUCGAAUGUUAAACUGUUACAGAACUAUCCCCCAAUCGAUAUUAACGUUGUGAUUACUCAUGCCAGAUCGCUGGCGUAGCAGACUUCUAAGAGAAUACAUCCAAAUGCCCAAAUGCUUGCAAAGCCCCCUAAAGUUUGUCGGUUAUCAGUACCAAGCAAUCAACUACAUUCUAUUUAGCUCCAAUCUUUGAAACGCACCUUUACAGGAAAUCCAAUAAGUAUACACCUAUUGUUACUUUUUUAUAUGACUUAUAAUUUGUACGUCAUUAAUAAACGAAAUAAUUUUAA